AUGACCUGUUUCAAACUUCCAAAGAGCCUGUACAAGCGAAUCCAAUCAGCUUUAACUAGGUUUUGGUGGGACUCUAAACAUGGAAUCAAAAAGAUGUGUUGGGUUACAUGGAACCAACUCACAUGUUCGAAGAAAGAUGGAGGUCUUGGCUUCGGGGACAUAGAGAGCUUCAAUGAUGCCCUUCUCGCAAAAAUCAGCUGGAACCUUGGUAAAGCCAUAGGCAAUGGUGAAUCUACUAACAUUUGGUAUGACUCUUGGCUCUCCUCAACCGAACCACUCACUCCCACCGGACCCCCUACAGAAGCAUCAAAAGAUUUGAAGGUGUCAGAUCUAAUUGAGGAGCAAUCGAAGGAUUGGAACACAGAUAAGAUCAAUGAGCUUUUUCCUGAUCUCCUGAGUACAAUCAAGGCCAUAAAACCAAGCAAAACCUUGGUCUGCGACUCCCAUAUCUGGCUAGCUACAAAGUCUGGGAACUAUUCCACCAAGACAGGUUACCACCUAUCUGUUAUAGACAAAGCUAGGCCAACUACUCGCGAACCCAACUCUACAAGCUUCUGUUGGAAUUCUCUAGUCUGGCAAGGAAAUUUCUCUCCUAAGAUGAAGACUUUCUUAUGGAAGAUUAUCAAAGGGGCUCUUCCUACAGGAGAAAACCUAUCUAAAAGAGGUUUCCAAGCAGCCGGUCCAUGCCUCCGUUGUGGAGAAAUGGAAACCGCAGAACAUCUCUUCCUACAUUGCUCCUACACAAAGAAAAUAUGGGACCUCUUACCUUUCUCUAUGAAUCCACGGAUCUCUGAUCGCCAAUCCUUCAUAGCAGGUCUACAGGCAGGACACAGAGCUGUCUGCCUCCCACCGACAGGAAUAACUUCAGGACCACUUUUCCCUUGGGUCUGCUGGCAAAUCUGGCGUGCCUGCAAUGCUCUCUCAUUUGAAAUACGCAUAUCUGAGGAGGAAACAAUGAUCAAAGCAAUUGUAUCAGCAAGAGAUUGGCAAACAGCGCAGAUAAAAGUGGAUACUAAGGGAUCUACAUCAGGGAAAGUCUUACAUAGCCUCCCGACAGAUACAGUCGAAAUCUUCUCUGAUGCAGCUUGGAAAGAAGACCUUCGAGCCUCAGGAUCUGAAUGGAUCAUCAACAGAAACUCCUCGACGAUACACCAGGGAUCUGAUUUCAAUGGCAAUGUCUCUUCUCCUCUUGUUGGAGAAGCCCUCGCGGUUAGAUCAGCCUUGGAACAUGCAGCACGACUUGGAUUCACUAAGAUUUCACUCAAAUCCGACUGCCAAACCCUGAUCAAUGCAAUCACUCGAAAGGAAUCGAUCAAAGAGUGCUUUGGCAUCCUCGGUGAUAUCGAAAAUCUCAUAUCACAGUUUCAAUUUGUGUUUUUCUCUCUUGUAUCAAGAACGGCAAACAGUUUAGCCGUCUCUCUCGCAAAAAACGCCUUGGCGUGUACCCCUACUUCUUUGUAG